AUGGACACAAGGCAUCACCGCCUUGAAGUGCGCGCGGCGCUCCCUCUGCGGCUCGCCUCGCCGCCUACGGACUCGAGUAUCGUCCUGGACGAUGCGCUGGAUGAAGACGCGUAUCUCAAGACGCUCGAGGAGACGCUGCGGCAGCACGUGGCCCGUCACGAGCAGCCAUUUCUCGUGCUAAGUGCGACUCAAGUCCACCUCUUGGCAGCGCGUCUGCACGACGCACUUGUGCCACGACGGGACGACAGUACGCACUUAAUUGAAGCCUGGACGAUCCAGCCCCAGCUGCAGCUCAAGGUCAAGGCGAGCGCACACAUUCCCGUACUUAAGCUGUCGACGAUCCUGCGAGAAGUGCGACGGCUGCGCGUGCAUCAGCCGUCGCAGCAAUUGGCUACGGAGGUAGUGGAUGAGGACGAGCAUCGAGUUCCUAUUCAAGUGGAGAUUUUCCCGUCGCUCAAGGUCGUGGAAGCGCUGAAUACGGACGUGACGGAGCUCAAGCACGUGCACUUUUUUGCCAGCCAGUUGCGGGAGCUUCAUAUUGAGCACGCGAACGCAACGGCGUUGAAGCAGUUGCUGUCUCCCGAACGGGAGAUUCCGUGGAGGAAGCUGCUCAAGAUGCACAUGAACUGCUGCGCACUGGAGCGCGUAGACGCGUCGGUGAAUUUUCUCCGAGCCGUUAAGAUUUUGGAUCUCGGGUGGAACAAGAUUGACAAGUUUGACGCUCACGUGACGACGAGAUCGCUUGAAGUGCUGAAGCUGUGUCAUAACCGACUGACGCAAGUGCCGCCUAUUCAGGCGCUGCGUGGGCUGCGGGAACUGGAUCUGGCGGUGAACCGGAUCACGUCAUUGAAAGGGAUCGAGACGCUGACGGCGCUGGAACGACUGGACUUUUCGCACAAUUUCAUCGACGAUAUCACGGAAAUGGAGUUGUUGACUGGGCUGUCGAAACUCACGUAUCUCAAGAUGGAGUUCAAUCCGAUUGCUCGGCGACCAGACUAUCGACGAGAGGUGCUGUUCUACUUGGGCGAGCCAAUCGAGCUAGAUGGCAACCGCUGGAGCGACGCUGAGGUGAGCAGCAUGAAACACCGCCGCAUGUUGGUGAUGCUGGAUGAUGCAAGUCCGCAUAACGCCGUCGGAGGUAAAAGUUGGGGGCAGUCGCAAAGCGUCUCGGUGUACCCUAGAGCUGUUAUACAAAGUGGCAAUGCAGUAAAGAAUUUAAAGCUGGUGCUGGAGUAUCCUCGUCUCCCUCCAUCAUGCACUGUUCCCGCUAAGUUUGUUGACAUCCAAAACCCGCCAUCGGCAUUUCCGACGAAAAGCAAUCAAUCUCAAAGUGGAGAUGGUGGCGAGACAGAGGGUGAAGACGUCGGCCUCUGGUCACCAAGGAACAUUCCAGGUGCUCAAGAUGCUGGAGUGUUACCUCGAACUGUUGACGAUUACCUCAGAACACAGCGCGGUGCUGUUGUGCGAACUGUGGAACAAGGACGCAACGAGCACAACAUGGCGACUGAAGAGCGGGACAGCGUGGACUUUACAUCAGGGCGAACCCGGGUGCCGCAUUUCGACUAUACGGCGAGUGCAUUCAAGCGAGACUUUAAGGAAAAAGAGUUGUUCGCGCGGAAAGACAAAGAUAUGGACAACGUCAAUCUACUCUCUGUGCGUUCGACUUCGCGAAGUCGGGUGUCUACUUCUCAGAAACUUGGACGGAGUGUCAGUGCCCGAGUGCUGCUAAGUGCAAAAGAGGCUGUGGAGCUUGGCUUACAUUUCAACCCUGAGGGCGUCCCGGCAAAUGUAAUGGUCAAGCCUCAAGAGGUGGUUGAAGACCUGAUUGUCAAUGAUGGAAACGACCCACUCACUAUCACACGGUGGCUCCCUAAUGUCGCCGCUAUUGGCACGUCGAUUCUAUCGAGCAGUAUGAAGAUAAAGCUGCGGUCGCGCGUACCAUCAGCAUCUACGAACGCUGCGUAUCAGUUCGGCUCAGCUACUUCGCUGGAAGCUUUGCUUUCACCACUGGUUGCAUAUCUGUUCCAGCAAUACAAUGGCUGCAUUGUGAUCUGCAACUGUGCAAAUUGUAGGUCUCUUUCGCUACUCACGCCUGAGCAAAGGAAAGCUGGCGACUCGCCAACGGUUUACACGUGCCUUCUGUGCGCGAGCUGUAACGUGCGCGAAGUAUCGUUCAAGAAAUUUGUCGCGCUUUGUGCGAAUGAAGGAAUCACUAUACCACAUACCAUACCGCUGACUUUGCCACCGUGGGAAGCAACUACGGAAGGGUUUUAUAUUGAAGAGCCACCACCUGCCGACCCAGCUGCCGGCACGAGCGCGUGUGAGUGCAUCAUGGUUUGUUGCAAUGGCAUCCGCGAAGUCACAGCUGCUUCCGCGAAAUCAGAUACGAGUGACGAAGUGCACAGUGAUGAAUGGAAUGAUGUUGUUGUGCACGCUGUGACCAUGGCGAUGCGGUGA